AUGCUUGAACUUCCAAAGUCCGACCGCACAGUUCGGGUGCGAAUGGUCGACACCACCACUUUGAUGACCGUUGAUACAGGAUUCCUCAUACAACCAGUGCAGCCGGGCCAUGAGACACUGAACCUGACCGAUGUUGCCUUUCUUAUAGAGCAUGAGGAAUCAAACCAGAAGGUCAUGUUCGACCUCGGCACGCGAAAAGACUACUGGAAUCUCCCUCCAGCAGUGCGCCAGCCUUUUGAUCAAGCCAUGAAGUCGGCGAGAGUAGACAAGGACGUCACUGAGAUCCUUUGUGAGAAGGGAAUUGAAUUGCGAGACAUUGGAAACGUCGCUCUGUUUCCCAUAAGCACGUCGUUGGUUGUAGGCCCAGGGUUCAAAUCCCAUCCUCAUCUAAUGCCUGGCUUCCCGGACGAUGCCGAGUCUCCAGUGUCAGCGGAUGCCUUCGUGGGGAGGGACGUGGUUGAGCCUGACUUCGCAGACGGUUUAACGAUCGGAGGGUUUCGUGCGCAAGAUUUCUUUGGAGACGGUUCGUUCUAUUUGCUAGACACGCCUGGACACUGCGUCGGCCAUUUAUGUGGUCUUGCCCGGACAACGGCUGACACCUUCGUUUUUCUUGGUGGUGACAUCUGCCACUUUUCGGGAGUCAUAAGGCCGAACGCCAGGCUUCCAUUCCCAGAAACCAUCCCAUCAGGGGUCUUGGACAAAGAUCCGUUCUUUCCAAGUCCAUGUCCAUGCAGCAUUUUCACCAACAGCCACCCGAUAGCAAAGGUUGACCCAAGACAAGAACCCUUCUAUGAGGUUUCGGGUUACGAAGGAAGUGCUUUCUUUGACCCAGCGCUUGCGCAGAAAUCUGUCACUAAACUUAUGGACUUUGAGGCAUCUGACAAUGUUCUGAUAUGUAUAGCCCACGACACUGAUCUGCUACUGCAUCUUCCCACAUUAAAUGACUCGCCUUCCUCCGACCUUAAUUCAUGGAAAGAGAAAGGCUGGAAGGAGAGGCUGCGCUGGGGAUGGGUGAAUGAGCUGCCACGUGCUGGUCGUCCUGGCAGGAAGCCACUCGUUGAAGGCUAUUGGCGUGAUGGCAUAUUUAUGAAGUUUGCACUACCCAGAACCACAAACCAGCCACAUGGCGAACGCAUAGUACAUUUCGCUAAAAUCAUUCCUUUUCCUACUUCAUCCUCAGUUCCUUCACGUUUAUCUCUCACCUAUCGCUCAAACAGCUUUCAUCAUACCUGUCAGUCGUUCAUACUUGGCUUCGCUUGUAUCAGGAUCUACCUCAACAUCACUACAACUAUGUCGUCGAGAAGUGCCCUUCCGCCAUUCAUCCACGAUCUCAUGAGCUCUGAGCAAUACAGUGACCUCAAGAUUCAGUGUGGAGGAGAAGAGCUCCAAGUUCACCGAGCUAUCGUCUGCCCCCAAUCAGAGAUAUUAUCCGAUAAGUGCAAAGAUCUGUCUGAGGAUGCUCCGGACGCAGUAGUCCAGGUCGAAGGACAUGAUGUGGCGGCGGUUAGGUUCAUGAUCGACUUUCUCUACUCCGGAGACUACGCGAUUCCUGAUCAAGCGAAGGCCAUCAGUGAACAUAUUGAGGACUUCUGUCAGGAAGAUGUAUUGAAGACGUUCAUCCAAGAUGAACUCAGCAGGCGCGUAAUUACGGCUAUGAAGGGGAGAUAUGAGUGGAUCCAUCCACAGUUGAUGGUUACUCAAGAGUGUCUCGCGUCUGCAGACGAAAAAGUCGCCAAGCUGGAGGCUGAGAUCGAAAGACUACAGAGAAAGGUCAGCAGGAUAGAGGCUGGUAUAGAACAAGGGCACAACCUGCUUCACAACACACCCAAUUGCCGUCACUGUGGAAAGAUGUUCCUGGCCAAGCUUGAAUGCAGAGGUGCCAUGGAGAAUGGUUAUGUACUUCGUUGUGCACAAUGUCGGACCAAGCACAAAUAG